ACAUCGCCGUCCGAACCCGAACACCAUUCGCUGAUACACUCCUUCUCCAAGCAAAGCUACAUAAAACGGUUGAAUACACACACGCGACACAUAAACCCUCCCCGCAAUGCUUCUCGACGAGGACCCCGCUUCGCUCAUUGCUCAAUGCACGUCGCACUUCAAACUCGACAGCGACCGCUCUGCGCUGCUCCGCAUCUCCGACUCUCUCGCGACGCUCUCCUCCUUCCGCCAGCAACACACGUCUUCCUUGCAGUCCACUCUUACACGCCUCAACCGCACACACCAGACGCUGGCCUCAAACCACAACCACACGCUGUCGCAGCACAAUCCAACUACACACGCCGCCGAAAUAUUGCGUCUGGACACGGAGAAAUUUAAGAUCGCGAAGCAGGCCAGUGAUCUUGAAAUGGAGGGUGAGCGACUGGAGGGCGAAUUGAGCAGACUGGGCGGUGUGCUAGGAGAGCUGGAGGCUGAGGGAGUGGAAGGCGGGGAAAGAGAAAAGGGACCUGAAGAGGAUGCUACAGUACUGAAGCUGAAAGUAUAUCGGUCACUCGGUAUCGAUGUCGAGGCUGAUCCCACAGGCCAAUACAACAAGGCUGUCAUCCGCAACGCCGCCAAAGGCGAUGUCCACGUUGUCAACAUCGACCCUAAAUUCUCACGCAACUUCUAUACGAACUAUUUCUGGCGGACUAUGUAGGCUCGCUGUUUGCUUGGGAUCAUGAUCUCGAAUGGUGUUUUGGGCGUUCAUUGCCGGAACUUUGCGAGGAUAAAGCAUGAUGGGACGCUGAAGGCGUUCGUAUAUACCCUGGUAGUGCCCA